UGACCCGAUUGAUGCUUCGUGCUGAUCGUCGGCGUGUAGGAGCGUUGUGAUCGCUGUGCGUGGUGGCAGUUAGGGGAGGAUUUCGAUUUCGCAAGUGUAUGGCACCAGCAGCUACAAAAAGGAUCAGCUUACCUUGCGGCAAGAUCAUUUCUCAAGUGACUACCGUGCAGUGCGGAGCGGCAGCAGCGACAUCGCCACAUCGCAACUUUAUUUACAAACAAGCACAACACCAAAUCAAAACCGACUAUACACAAUGGCCGUACAGGGUCAGAGAUUUAUGACCAAGACUCAGCAUUACCGCAAGGUGACCAAGCCCCUUCUGGAGCGCAAGAGACGCGCCCGGAUGAACCUGUAUCUGGACGAACUUAAGGACCUCAUUGUAGACACCAUGGAUGCGCAGGGCGAGCAGGUCAGCAAGCUGGAGAAAGCGGACAUCCUGGAGCUCACUGUCAACUAUCUGAAGGCGCAACAGCAGCAGCGAGUGGCCAAUCCGCAAUCGCCACCACCCGACCAGGUUAACUUGGACAAAUUCCGGGCCGGAUACACCCAGGCUGCCUACGAGGUCUCACACAUAUUCUCCACGGUACCCGGCUUGGAUCUCAAAUUCGGCACCCAUCUGAUGAAGCAAUUGGGUCACCAGCUCAAGGACAUGAAGCAGGAGGAAGAAAUCAUCGAAAUGGCCGACGAACCAGUAAAUCUAUCCGACCAAAAACGCUCAAAGUCUCCGCGGGAAGAGGACAUCCAUCAAGGCGAAGAAGUCUGGCGCCCCUGGUGAAGGGCAUUCCAUAUAUACGCAACCAAUUAACAUUGAUAGCUUUACCACUCAGUUUCAUUGAGAAACAAUCCAAGUUUUCCAAGGUCUAGUGUAAACAUUUGCCUCAGAAUCGUAUUUAGUUGGUAGUUGAUUUGAUAUGAUGUGAUGUUCCUGUGAUAGUUCUUAAGUUCGUAUUUUGUAUUUGAUCUCCCAUAGGCUUACUGAUUCAUGUAUUUAAUUCACUGUAAUUUAUUUCAUCAUUGCAAGAGCUUCCCCACCGAGCUUCCAAUUAGUCUCAUUAAGAACACAUUUUUAUGUAUGCUUUAAAAUUAUAUUUUUGCUUUACACCAUUAUCUAUAAGCCAUGAACUUUUGAGUAAUAAAAUGAACAUAAACUGAAACUGAAA